UUUAACUCUAUCAUAACACCGUCAUUCGUUUGUGAACAUUUAUUACAUUUUCAGAUCAUAAUUCACACUAAUUAACUAUGAAGUACUUUUUUAUACUUUUAGCAGAUUUUAUGAUUCUUAUCAAUUCUGAAUUACAAGAUUUCAAGUUCCGCCCAAAUUUGCCACUAGGAGAAUAUCGAUUAUAUUUCAACUCUGUUCAACAAUGUAGCCAGAAAUGCGCUAUUCAGCAACACUUUUAUUUAUUCAAGACAUCUAGCACUAGAGUUGAACUAAGAGGAAAUAUUACGUCUGUUAAUAAAGCAUUUGAUAAUAAUCUAUGGUUUCAUGGUGCUAUGUCAGUAAAAGAUAAAAUUGGUACAUGGCAAAAUAAUGCGUACGUUUAUAAAUCACCCCAUGCUUACAAAACUGUUAAAAAUCUUCUUGGAGGUGAAUUUCAUGUUUUUUUAAAUAGCUUUGGACUCAAUGACACAAAACAAAGUUCAAUACCAUCGGGAACAUAUGUCACCAAAGGUUAUGAUUUAUCGAACUAUCCAUCAAAUACAAAUUUGCCAAAACAAAUUUUUUAUGGAACUUACAAAUAUAAUAUUAAUUAUACGGAAAAAAAUGGCGAGGUUGUUGCAUGUUAUAUGUUUGUCCUUGAUGUAAAACGUCCAUGGGAAUUGGAAGUGGAAUGAAUUUGUUAAUUUAUGCGUAGUGUAAGUAAUUUGUUAGAAGUAUUGUUUAAAAUUAAAAAAAAAAAAUUAAAAAAAUAGAUUUUAUUAAAUGGUUGUAUUGAUAUAAUUAUGUUGAACUAGUUUAAAAUUGUUAU